AUGACCUACGCACCGCAGAGACCGCUCGAUGUUCCUCCAUACCAACUACAGUCACUAGUCUCCGGAUUCACCGACACACUCAGUCGAAACCCCGUAACCGUCCGGUGCGCGCAAGCCAUUGGUUCCGAGAUCUACGUCGGGUGCUCUAACGGAGAGCUCCUUCGCUUCGCCUUGCAAGGGAACGCGACAGAUAUAACCGAUGCAUAUACCCUCUUGUCACGACAAACGAUACCAAACGAGAAGCCUAUUGACGAGAUCGUACUGGCACCAAGUAUAUCCAGGGCAUUAGUUCUAUCUGGUCACCAAAUACAUUUUUAUACGCUUCCAACGUUGGACAUGGUCUCCCUCAACCUAAUCAAACCUAUUCGAAACGUCGUAGCCUUCGCCGUGGAUGAACUUCACAUGAAACGGCCACCACAGUAUGCAAACGACAUACCCGUCCCGGUCGAACCUAUCGAGUUCUGCGUAGUCAAGAGGAGCGCGAUCGCGCUAUAUAGCCUACGGGAAAGGCUGUUCUUCCAGAAAGAGAUACCGCUUCCUUCAGGAGGGUUGCAUGCGCGGCGGACUGGGAAGUUCCUGUGUGUCGCGGAUCGCGAAAACUACAAUGUGAUCGAUCUCGUGCAAGCGUCACUCGUACCUCUCCUCCCCAUAUCUCAGGCAAUGGACUCAACCGUCGUCGUCAAGCCGUCGAUAACAGUCAUCAGCGAGAACGAGUUUCUGAUACUCUCAUGGACCGGCGCAAGCACAAUCGGUGUCUUCAUCACCGGGGAGGGCGAUCCUGUGCGUGGGACGCUCGAGUGGCCGAGCCAUCCAGAGGCUGUGUCGCUGGACUACCCAUACGUCACCACACUGCUCCCCAACGGCACGGUCGAAAUCCAUAGCGUCGAGUCGCAGGCCAUCGUCCAGGUCAUAUCAGCGCCCCCUGAAGGACCAUCACCGCUCUCAGGAGAUCGGAAGGCGCUCAUCGCGUGCAUGAACGGCUUCUUCAUCCCCAGCACACAGCGGACCGAGAAGCUGCGUCCAACGCCGGUCCGGCUCCUCAGAGGACGAGGCACGCCAAAGCCGGAGCCUAGUGCGAGGGAGGACGCAGACGCGGACAAUAUUCCUGAUAUUCCCGCCUUUUAG